AUGGCUCCACCUUCCCCUCUGCCACCACACGCUGCUACAUCACUACCUCCGCAACCAUCUCCUUCUCUUCCCCCAAUUGAUAAUGUGGCUCCUAUUCUGCCACCACCGGCUCCAGCAUUUCAUUCACCGGUGGUUAAUAAACCUCCUUCAACUCGGGGUGAUGAGCCAAGUGAUUGUUCGAUGGUUUUGAUAAACGUGGAUGGGUGUGUAUCAAAUUUGAUCACUUCCUUUUUCAAUGAUCAAGUUUCAUUAUCCAUUGAUUGCUGCAGAGUCAUUUCAAGAAUUUCAGAUGAUUGCUUUGACGCAGGGUUCACACACUUCAGGGUGCCCGUUUUCCUAACAAAAGUGAGGGACUAUUGCAGUCACCACCCGACAUCACUUCCACCAUUGCCUCCACCUCCGCCCUCAGUUGAUGAUAAUGCUGUCUCGCCGUCACCUCCACCACAACACGCGGCUCUACCUCUGCCACCGCAUGUGUCUCCAUUACUACCUCCCCAACUACCUCCGUCCUGGCCCCCAGUUGAUAAUGUGGCUCCUAUACUACCACCAUCACGUCUAGCGUUUCACUCACCGGUGGUUAAUCCACCUACACCACCACCUCCUUCACAUUCGCCAUUGCACCCGGCUGCACCACCACUUAUGCCACCACACGCGGCUCCAUCACUACCACCUCAACUACCUCCAUCUCCACCACCAGUUCAUGAUAACAUGGCUCCUAUAGUGUCACCACCACCUUCAUUGACUCCUCGGGGUGAUGAAACAAGCGAUUGCUCGACGGUUCUGAUCAAUGUGGAUGGGUGUGUAUCAGAUUUAAUCACUUCCUUUUUCAAGGAUCAAGUUUCGUUAUCCGCAGAUUGCUGCAGAAUUAUUUCAAGAAUUUCAGAUGAUUGCUUUGAGAGAGCGUUCACGCACUUUAGGGUACCAGUUUUCCAAACAAAAGUGAGGGAUUAUUGCAGCCACCAAGGCUGA